ACAUCGUCCGGUUCGUUCGUACUCACACGGGAUCGGCAGUGGGAGGAUGGCGCUGGCGGCGAAAUGCUGGAUGCGACUCAUCGCCGGUGGUGGAGGCGCUGCUCGAGCCUUCUCUCCGCCGCCGCUCCUCCCUAGGAUUGCCAGUGUCAGAUCAUACCAUGCGCCCAUUUACGAAGUGAAGGUGGGGAUUCCGGAGUUCUUGAAGGGGGUGGGAAACGGAGUGGAAGCGCACGCCGCGAAGCUGGAAUCAGAGAUCGGAGAUUUCCAGAAGCUUCUCGUCACGCGAACCCUUCGCCUCAAGAAACUCGGCAUUCCCUGCAAACAUAGGAAACUGAUUCUUCGAUACACACAUAAGUACAGGCUGGGUCUUUGGAGGCCUCGAGCUGAGGUUCAGAAAUGAGCUCGGGGUUUAAAUGUUAAAAUUGGACAAUGACAGCAACAAGUCUUCCUCAGUUCUGUAAUCUCAGAUGGAGUUUGAUGAAAAUACUUGUUCUUGUUUUAAAUCUUCUUCAAAACCAAGGAAACUUGCAUAAAACAUCUGUUUAGUUUGCAGAAUUCCAUGACAAAGCGCACUAGCUGAUUAGCUGUGAUGUUUAUUGUCUUUAGAAUAUGCAAAAUCCUACUUAUAGUAUCAACAAUUCUUGAUCCAAUAUCAAGUCAUCCUGCCUAUGAAAUUGAGCUUUUUAUAGUAUCA